CUUAUUCUCUUUUCCUGUAAAACCUGGUAUUCUCAUUGCGCGAAGUUCCAUAAGGCGCUAACAUUUAGACACACUUAUAAAGUAUUUAAAUAAUUAAUGCUGAAAGUUUAGAAAAUUAGUAGAAACAAGAGAGCAAAAAGAAGACAUCGUUAUUCGACUACAUUAUCAGCCUUACUUAUCUCCUAGAACAUAUAAUUAACACUAUCCAUCAAUGGCUCGAAAACAGCACCUAGGUUAUGUGUUAACCGAUAUGUUUGUCACUGAUAUGUAUCCUUUAUCAUUAAUGGAGACAAAAUGUUUCAGAGACUUUGUAAAAGAACUGGACAGUGAGUAUGAUUUACCAUCUCGAACGACUUUAGAAAAAGUACUUUUCGUCGAUAAAUUCAAUGUUUUAAAUGAAAGACUGCAUGAAAUUCUCUCGCAAAUCGAAUUCGCAACGAUUUCAAUUGGCACAUGGAUAUCGAAAUGUUCAGACAGGAAAUAUAUUUCAUUCCACUGCCAUUUUCUGUGGGAAAAGAAACUCCACGUGGUCGUUCUAGCUACGAAAGAAGCAUCUUUUGUCACACCUCUACGUACAAGACAGCUGUUGGAACAAAUUAUUGAUAACUGGAGGCUUGAGGAUAAGAUUCGAUUUACAGUGAGCAUUAAUACGGAAGAUAUUUCAGGAGCUGAAAAUAUUUUACGAAAUAUUCCGAACUUGCCGUCUUUAACAGAUACAUUAGAUCAGCUUGCAAAUUGUUAUUCUGAGAUUGCCGAAAUUAAUUGUCUCGUAGAAAAAUGCGAAACCACGUUAAAAAUUUAUAUGCUAUCUGUUAUAAACGAAUAUAGCGUUAUGCUUUCAUACAUAAUAGAAAAUAGUCCUCAAUCCACAUCUACCUUAACUUGGAGAAAUGUUUAUAAGUUGAUAAAACAAAUUUUAAAAUUAUGGGAAGAAUCACAGGUAAUAUAUGAUAUAACACGUUGUUCGUUGUCACCUCGAGAUAUAGAAAAAUUAAAAGUUUGCGUUAGUUAUUUUGAUCUCAUUUCUCAGACACUGCAGCAUAUCAGUAAUUUUCAAUUUGCCACACAUUCAAUGACAAUUCCUAUAUUAAACGGCAUUUUUAAUAAAUUAGAAAGUAUCAAAAAUAAUUCACCAGAAAAAAUAAAUAUUGUCGAAAAGUUAAAAGCGUCUGUAAACUUUUGUCUAAAAAGUCUUGAAGCAAAUGAUAUAUCUUUAAUUAGUACAAUACUCGAUCCGCGAUUUAAAACACUUGGAUUUUCGAAACCAGAUAUUGGGCGAGCUGCAAGGAAGAAAGUUAAACAUAAAUUAUCUGAAAUUCGACAAAAGAAAAGAAAUUGUGCCUCACCAGAAAGAAUCUGCUUGAACGAAGAAAUGCCUGUUCUUGACUAUUUAAGUAGAAAAAGAAGAAAAAUCGAACCAGUUACUAUUGAACUUGAUGAUUACUUAAAUGAACCAACAAUUCGUUCAACCGAAGACCCAUUACAGUACUGGGAAAAGAGUAAAUGUAAAUUUCCAAAUAUUUACUCCAUUGCUCUACAAUACUUGUGUAUACCUGCUAGUAUUUCAUGUUCAGAAUGGAAACGAUCAGUUUCAUCGACGCUGUCAAACGGCGAUUCCGAUGAAAUAAAUUCAGAAAAAGUAAACAAAUUUAUAUUUCUGAAACAAAACUGGUGGAUAAGAACAGAUGAGACUACUUAAUGUAUGUAUUCCAGUUAUUUUUUAAUUGUUAAUAAUCAACUUCGAUAUUGUAAAUUAUAUUUAAGUAAGUUAAAUCAUCAUCUACUUAGGAAUUUCUGCUUACAAA